UCGUUAGUUGAUUUUGGUGAAGGACAAUCUGGCUGGCUAAUUUUUGGCCAUAUAAAGACGUAGUUUGGGUUUCAGAUCAGCAACAGUCACUCGUCGACUUCCAAGCACCACACAAACCCAAAAACCCAACAUGUUCCGCUUCAUUGCCAUCUGUGCCCUGGCCACCAUUGCCGCCGCCGCCCCGGGAUUCAUUGAGGAGCAUCAUGUGGCCGUCGCCCCCGUUGUGGCCAAAGUGGGUGCUGUGGUGCACAGUGCUCCGGUGGCCACUUCCCAUCAGAGCUUCACCCAGUUCCACAACCAGGCGGUGCUCACUCCUGUGGUCAAGCAUGUGGUGCCAGCUGUUCCCGUGAUCAAGACUGUGGCUCCGGUGGUUCCUGUGGUCAAGACUGUCUACCCCGUGGCUCCCGUGGUCAAGCAUGUGGCUCCCAUCGUUCCCGUCGUGAAGCAUGUGGCUCCAGUGGUGCCCGUGAUCAAGACCGUGCCUCUGGUGCACCACCAGACUUAUGUGGCUCCCGCUGUCCACCAUGUGUCCGCCGUGCCCGUCGUGAAGGCCCUGCCCCAUGCCGUCUCCCACCAGAGCCACACCCACGUGCACCACCAGAAGACCUUCGUCACCCCAGUGGUGGCUCCUCUGGUCAAGACUGUCGCCGUGGCCGCUGCCCCAUUGACCCAUGUCUACCAUCAUUAG